AUGGUGAUGUUGAAGGGACGAGAAAAAGAACACAGACGCAUCUAUGAACUGAUAUCUACUGCUCUCGAAGAGCGACAUCCUCAAUCAAUUAUGGUUAGAGGGGUGCCUGGAAGUGGAAAAACAGAGACAAUCAAGGCAGUUGUGGCAGAACUCAAGCAGACCAUGAAGGUAGGAGAAUAUUAAAGUGUUUUGUGUUUAUCAGGUGAAUUUAUAAGAGUAACGGUGUUUUUAGUUGAUCUGUGUUGUAUUUUAUGAUUAUUAUUCAAAAUAUAUUGUAAUUUAUAAAACAAAUUAGGUAUAAAAUAAAAUUUCAGGUUGUAUAUGCUUACAUAAACUGUACUUCAAUAACAACAAAGACUGAUCUUUAUAGACGUAUCCAUAACAUUGUAACAGUUAGCUCAGCUACGAAGAAGGAACAGAAUAAGAAGGAAGUUGUGCUAGCAGCGUCUGAAGCUCUAAAGCAGACGGAAAAAGUACUUUUCAAACAAAAUACGUAAGUUAAUGUCAAUAUUAUAUGUAUAUUCUAUUUAGGGUACUUGUACUGGACGAGAUUGAUUACAUUGCUAAUCUUGACACAGCAAGGACUAGCUUGGCUAACAGUAUUGUAAAGAAAGUAUUUGAUUGGCCUUUACAAAGCGGAGGAAAGGUUGUUGUUAUUGGAAUCUCGAACGAAUUGGACUUUUCCGAAAAAGUGUUACCUAAAAAACGAGUUAUCAUGCCUGAAGUUGUCCUUUUUACUGCGUACACCGUAAAUCAACUAAUUGACAUACUAACAGAAAGGUUUUCUGAUGAUGAGGUAUGUCUUUACUUAGGUUUAUUACGUUUACUUAUAUUACAAGUGUUUUGACAUAAAUUAGUUUAUUAACAACAAAAUUAUAAUUUUUGCAAAUUAGUAAGAAAUGUUACGCAUGUUUUGAUUUAGAAUGUAACGUCGGAUGCGAUCAAACUUUGUGCACGAAAGAUAUCAGCUAUGAAUGGAGAUGUCAGGCGAGCAUUGAGCUUACUUUCGUAUGUUUUCUAUACUUACCAUAAUAUACGACUUUCAUUGUGAAUCAGUUAAAUUAAAGCUUGGUUUUAUAACAUUUUAUUUUUAUGGUUUAAAAAAUCAUGUUACAGAACUCAACUCGAGUUCGAGGAUGAACUAGAAGAGGAAGAAGAAGAAGAACCGGUUGUCUUGAAAAGACCAAAAAUUGACGUUCAUUCAACACCGUCUAAGUCUCGACCUUCAACGUCAGCUCAAUCUUCACCAUCUCGAACACCCAAAACUCACAAACAAAUCUUAUCAUCUCUCCAGAACAUCUACUCAUCUCCUGCCGUUACUGCCAAAAUACCUCUACAACCACGUAUAGUAUUGGCGUGCAUAUUGAGGUUGAUAGAGACAGGGACUGAGAAGAAAAAGACUCAGUCAGUUCAGUUUUCGAAACUCUUGGAAACCUAUGAUAAGGUCUGUAAGAAGAUGAAGGUGGAGGCUCUGAAUCACGAGGCCUUAAGGGAUGCACUAACUACCUUGACUAACAACUCAUUGAUCCUCAUGAAAAAGGACAAGAUCUGUGUUGAAGUCGAUCUGGACGUAGCCAAGAGGAAGAUCCAGGACGACGAGCUGAUCAAAUCAGUCAGCACAGUCUGACUCUCACAUUUUGUAUAUUUUGUAAUUUAUUUGUUGUUAAUAUAACUUAAUGUAUAUUGACUUUGUUUUUCGAGGUUUAUUGGUUUUGAUACCUAUGUUACUUGAAGCUUAUUGUAUCUAUAUUACUGUUCAGACAAAUGAUAUUGUUUCGAAUUUUUUUGAAUAUAGGUUAUGUUUAAAACGGCAUUUUUAAAGCAUAUGGCCCGCUAUGUAAUGUUAACUAUUAUAUACUAACAAUUACUUCUCUAUAUUAUUUUAGAUGAGGCCACUAACUGAAGACGAGACGGUUAAAUUGUUUGAAAAGCUCGCCAAGUAUAUUGGUGGGAACAUAAAAUUGUUGUUGGAAAGGGAAGACGGCUCGUACUGCUUCAGAUUACACAAGGACAGAGUUUUCUACUGCAGCGAAAAGUUAAUGAAAACGGCAGCGGUGGUGGGCCGUAAAGAAUUAAUCAGCUUUGGCACCUGUCUAGGGAAGUUCACAAAAGGAGGCAAGUUCUUCCUGCACAUCACCGCCUUGGACUACCUCGCUCCAUAUGCCAAGGUAAGUGUAUUUGUUACUUAAAGUAUGUUAAUGUAGUAAUUGGAGCUUUGAACUUUUUUAAUUUUUGUAGGUAUAGGCUGGCUUUAAUCAAUUUUUUAAAGUAUUUUUUAUGUUUAAUACCUAAAAUAUCAAAUUUUAGUGGAAGGUAUGGCUGAAGCCAUCGGCCGAGCAACAAUUCUUGUACGGUAACAACAUUUUGAAGUCGGGCGUGGGCAGAAUGACUGAAGGCACAGAAUCUCGCCAAGGAGUGGUUGUGUACAGUAUGGAUGACAAGCCUCUGGGUUUUGGUGUGACGGCCAAAGGAACGGCGGACUGUCGUCGUGCCGAUCCCACGACUUUAGUGGUGCUACAUCAGGCGGACCUGGGACAAUACAUUCGAUCCGAAGACACCUUGUUAUAA